UAGUGAGGGAACGUGGAAGAUCAUUGCAAAAUUUGACAACUGGCAACCGAACAAAUUCAGUAGUGAGUUUGAGGUGAAGAAAUACGUGCUGCCUGCUUUCAAUGUCACACUGACUCCCAAGAAACCCUUCCUCAGUCUGGAUGAUACUGAGCUGGUGGUGGAGAUCACAGCCAGAUACCUGUAUGGCGAAGAUGUCCAGGGAACGGCCUAYGUGAUGUUUGGGGUGGAGGUGAACAAGGAGAAGAGGAGGUUACCAUCGGUCAAGCAGGUCACCAAUCUGCAGCAAGGCACCGCUACAUUGACCAUGGCGGAGAUCAGGAAGGCCUACCCCGACCUCCGCUCCCUGGUUGGAAGCUCUAUUUACGUCAAGGCCUCAGUGCUGACCAAAUCAGGCAGUGACCUGGUGGAGGCAGAGAAGUCUGGUAUUAAGAUAGUGGAGUCCCCGUACGUCCUCUCCUUCAUAGACACACCAAAGUACUACAAGCCUGGCUUGCCCUUCGACGUUAUGAUCCAGGUGAGUUUCCAGGAUGGUUCCCCAGCUCAUAACGUCCCAGUCCAGGUGAGCCUCCUGGCCAACCCAAUCACCAGCCACCUUGGCACCAUCAGGACCGCCAUCAACAUGCCUGCUGAGCUAGGCCCUCAGAUCAUCACUGUGAGUACCGCUAACAGGGCUUAUAACCUGUUAUAA